AUGGUGGUCCUCGUUGACCUCGACGACCCAGACGACGACGGCUUCACGCCCGGGCCGGCUGCAGCGGCUGAUGACGGGCGGCCCAAUCCCAACGUCAAUGGAUUUUCAGCUGCCCUGAGCUGUUAUCCCAUCGCCCGCCAGCUCGCGCGCCAGCUCGACCUCAACUCGCUGCACGAUCUGUCGCGCACCUGCAGACAGUUCCGCGCGAACCUGCUCGAGUACCGCGACCAGCUCAUUCGUCACACAUUGCACUGCGACUUUGACGUCGAAGAUGAAGCCAUCCCACGCCCAACUGGCUCACGGCUGCUCACCAGCGGGCGCGUCGCGCGCUGCGCCCGCGACAUGGUCGCCGAGUGCCAGCGAUGCGCCGCUGUCGUCUGCAGGAACUGCACCAUAAAGCCCCCGCCGGCGCCUACGCUGCGAGCAAGACACCGCCGUCUAUGCAGGACCUGCACGCGGGCGCCCCUCGCCUUCCUGACGGCAGCCCCCCGCCCGCGCGCGUCGUCUGAAUCCUCGCUGCCAGGCACCCCAGACUCCCCGCGGCCUGCGCUGCUCGACGACGCCGCCGAUGCGCCCCGCGCCUUCACAGCGCCCGCCUUCGAGAGAACCCCGUGCAUCUGCGCCGACACUGUCUGGCUGUGCCAGCCGUGCGGCCAGCACCUCAAGAACGCCGACACCAUGUACGUGCGCGCGUGGACGUGGCGGACACGCUAUUCUCACUACCUCGGGGGCGUGGGGACAGGUGCAGGCGAGGGCAACGAGGGCGUCGAGUGCGGACGGGGCGCGCAGUGUCUCGCCGCGCGCGUCGUCGAACACGAAGUCGACUGCAAUGCGUCCGAUCCCGCCUACAGCGGCAGCCCCGAGACGGGCGAGCGCUGGACGGGGACCAGCUACUACGCGCAGGAGAUCGAGGGCAUCGGCGGCGUCGUCAAGAUGAAGCUCAAGAAGCAGGUGCGCGUGGGCGAGUGCGUCAAGGUGUACGAGGACGAGCGCGACAAGUCGAUUCGCUGGCUGGAGCGCGAGGUCUCGGGGCGGCUCAGGAGUUGGUGCUCGUGGUGCGAGAGGGUGGUGUUGGGGGACAAGGAUAGGGCUGAGGUGCGGGGCGGGAGAGCGCCGUCGUCUGCGGGGAGUGAGGCUUGA